AUGCAAGCCCUCGCCCGCAUAGCACGUCCAGUGCUGACGUGCAAAGCACUCCCCAUCCGCACCUUUACAACCCUCUCCCCCGUCCGUCCGAGCCUCUACGCCAAUCCUCUACGAAGACCAAGCGCCAUGACUGCCUUUACGCCCCUCCCCUCGACGACCGCCACCGCCACAGCCGUCGACGUCGUCGCGCCUGGGGCCAUCUCUGCGCACCCGGCGCUCGCAGGCGGCGCAAGCCAGAUCCGCUGCGGUCCCCGCAACACCAUGAACGGCGCGACGAGGCUGGUGCAGAAGCGCCGCCACGGAUAUCUCUCGCGCAAGCGCACGCGCACCGGCCGCGCGAUCUUAAAGAGGCGCAGGCAAAAGGGUCGCGCCAAGCUGGGCUGCCACUAA